CAUCCAUCGUCCUCCUCUUUUCCAUCUCAAAUGUUUGUUUAUAAACAACCCUAGUUUAGCUCAAAGUACCACAGACAGAUAUUGCCCGCCUCUUCUUUGCUUGCCUGUCAGCAGAAGAGGAGAAAGUUCAGUCUGUAAUGAAGUCCAUGCCGCCCUGGUUAGCGUAACUCCCACGACAAAGGAGCUGCCUCGGGAAGUUCUAGUUGAAUGAGUCCGAUCCGCUGCUCCCAACCUUCUUACGUGCUUCUCUUUUUAAUCCCGUAGUCGGAUCGAGCGGGUAAGCGAUUGUGAGACUGAUAGACUGCUAACAAGAGAGAAAGAGGAAGAACGACGAAGUAAGAGGUAGAGCGAAUGGGAGAUCAGGACGGAGGAAGAGGAGAGUGGUUUUGGUGCUGAUGAGUUCGAGAAGUCAAUCGAAGAAGGCUGUAUCAAGCACUAUGUGUUGGGGCUGGAAUAGAUUGAAGUCAUGAUCUAUACACUGAACCGCUUGGUCUGCAUUAGGGUUGUGCAUCGUUGAGGAAGAGUUUUUAGAUUCAUAUCUUAGGCCUCAUGGGAAGGCUUGGUGGGCGUGCUAUUAGCAACCCGACAAUAUGUUCUUAUCCACAAGUAACUCCUGAAGGGUCUCCUCAUGCAUCGCAAGCGGCACGUUCAUCUGAGAACAAGGUUUCAAGUGGCAGCAAUGGGCACAACACAACUGAGAAUGGCAUUAGUUGUGUGGAUCCUUCUUCGCCACCUUCAUCUGGGGUGGUAGCAAAUUGCUAUGUAUUCAAAAGCCGGCUGCAAGAGUAUGCACAGAAAGUUGGUAUUCCAACUCCUGUAUAUGAUACUUUGAUGGAAGGUCCUUCACAUGUACCUGUUUUCAGGUCGUCAGUGAUUGUUAACAAUGUCAAAUAUGAUUCAUUGCCUGGAUUUUUCAACCGGAAAGCAGCAGAGCAGUCAGCUGCUGAGGUUGCUUUGGUGGAACUAACUAAAUCAGGCCAGAUUACAGAGAACAUUCCUACAGUUCAUGAAACAGGUCUAUGUAAGAAUUUGCUUCAAGAAUAUGCUCAGAAGAUGAACUAUGCAAUUCCUUUAUAUAACUGCACCAGGCAAGCCACAGGAACCAAUAGUUUCAUCUGUACUGUUGAGAUUCAUGGUAUCCAAUACAUCGGCGCUGCUGCUAAAACAAAGAAGGAAGCUGAAAUUAAAGCUGCACGAACUGCUCUUCUUGCAAUUCAAAGUUCAUCUUUGGCCGGAAUGCACGGUGCCUCCCCCUAUACGGUGCUUCCUGGCAAGAAGAAAGGAAAAGAAACCGAACAAUCACAGCCUGAAGCAGCAGCAGCAGCAACAGCAAAGCCGUUGAAGCCAAAGAAGAAUAAAUUCAAGAAGAAAUGGCCCAAAAGAAGAGUUUCGAGAAGAAAGAAAGAUCAAAACUUAGCUAAAUCAAGCACAGAUGAGACUGGAGAAGUUAAUGCAGGAGUAGUUUGUCCUGCCCUUACCAUUGAGGAUCACACAGUCAAAUAUUUAGAGAUGUUGGACAAGGAGAUGAAGUUACAGUUACAGGCACAGCAGGAGUUAUACUGAUCAAGGAAUGGAGAUUUGUGAUUAGUUUGUGUAAUUUCUAUUUAUAUUGUUGGUAGGAGUUAAUUGGGGUUUUAUUAUUGUAUUGUCUUGCAUAGAGAAGUUUGUGGAAAUAUUUGGUAUAAUGGUAGUUACUUUUACUUUUUU